CACGAACUCUCCCUGACAGCACCGCUUAUCAGCCAUCAACACCGCCAUCAGCACCACUAUCGGCACCGCCAUCAGCACCACUAUCAACACCGCCAUCAGCAUCGUCGUCAUGCCCCCAGUCCAAAGCUCCACAUACUCCGAUCUGUCGUCGGAUGAGUGCCCGGUCUGCCACUCCACAAAAUACCUCAAUCCAACCCUCAAGCUCCUUGUGAGCCCAUGUUUCCACAAAAUGUGCGAGACGUGCAUCGGUCGGCUCUUUACCGCCGGUGCUGCUCCAUGUCCGAUUUGCGGGCAGAACCUUCGCAAGAGCAACUUUGUCGCCCAGACCUUCGAGGACCUCUACGUCGAGAGAGAGGUGGGCAUACGGAGAAAGAUGGGUCGCUGCUUCAACAAGCGGCUGGAAGACUUCAAUGGCGAUCUGAAAAAUUACAAUAACUAUCUGGAGGAGGUCGAGGAAAUCAUGUUCAACCUCAUCAACGAUGUCGAUGUGCAGCAGACCAACGAGCGGAUCGAGCGGUAUCGGCAGGAAAACAAGGAGGAGAUAUCCGCCAACCUGGCCAAGCAGGCGCAGGAAGAGAAGAUGCUAUCGCAUAAACUUGACAAGGAGAAGCGGGAAAAGAUCCAUCGCAAGGAAGUAUAUUUGCAGCACGCGAUGGAAGAGACUCGGGCCAGAGAAGUCGAGAAGGAAGACAUCAUUCGCCAGCUGGCCGAGGCCACAGACAAAAGCGCCUCGGAUGUCAUCCGAGAACACAAAAUGACCAAAAAGACAACGGUUGCCCUCAACAUCCCAACCCUUGAAGACUCGGACGACGAGGACAUGACAUACUAUGGCCGCGGCGACCUGAUGCUGCGUGAAGACGACCAUCACUUCGACGCCGCCGAUAUGGCCUACGAGCCCGUGGCGAUCACGCUCGACAGCUACAUUGAUCCAUGGACACAGGAGCUGCAAAAGAACCCUCAGGCCAGGGCCGGAGGCUACAUGGCUCAGUGUACACAGAUGCGAUCGAUGUUCCAGGCGUUCCACGGCGUACUGGACGGCAUAUCCAUUCCGUAGACACCAUCAUGCUGCUGCGCGACGAAGAUCAAUGAUGCAAGGCACUGCGGGAACGUGCCGCCCAACAAAACCGAGGCUCGCGCUAGUAAAACACUCCCGAACAAAGCCACGGACCGGGCUCUGUAUUCGAGCUGGGCCUAUUUGCCAUUGGCCGCCCUCCCCCGAAGCUGACGAGCGUCCCCCCAAUAACACAAUGUAGCCAUUCAACCAGUUAUCGCUGGGAAUCUGUGGCUCAGCUCGCAUUGUCAACAUCGA